AUGAAUACAGAAGAAUUCAGAAAACGCGGCAAAGAAAUGGUCGAAUACAUUUGCCAAUAUAUGGACACGUUACAAGAGCGUCGAGUGACCCCAUGUGUCGAGCCAGGGUACUUGCGACCUCUGAUCCCACAUGAAGCGCCUGAAGAAGGCGAAAACUGGGAAAAAAUAAUGGCAGAUGUCGAAAAUAAAAUUAUGCCAGGUGUCACGCACUGGCAACAUCCUCGAUUUCAUGCUUAUUUCCCAUCUGGCAACUCUUAUCCUUCGAUAUUAGGAGACAUGCUGUCGGAUGCCAUUGGAUGCAUCGGAUUCUCCUGGGCUGCCAGUCCAGCAUGUACAGAGUUAGAGACCAUAGUAUUAGAUUGGUUAGGCAAAGCAAUAGGAUUACCAGAUGAAUUUUUAGCAUUUAAAGAAAAUAGUCAAGGAGGUGGCGUCAUUCAGACUUCGGCCAGUGAAUGCAUCCUGGUGACAAUGUUGGCAGCAAGGGCUCAAGCAAUAAAACGUCUUAAGCAUCAGCACCCUUAUACCGAAGAAGGGCAACUGUUGUCCAAGUUGAUGGCCUAUUGCUCGAAGGAAGCUCAUUCUUGUGUAGAAAAAGCAGCUAUGAUCUGCUUUGUUAAAUUGAGGAUUUUGGAACCGGACGAGAAGUCCAGUUUGCGAGGAAGCACUUUGAAAAAGGCAAUGGAAACCGAUGAAUUUGAAGGUCUGGUCCCAUUUUUUGUGUCAACAACUUUGGGAACCACUGGAAGCUGUGCUUUUGAUGCCCUGGAAGAGAUCGGUCCAGUUUGCCGAAAUUUUCCAGGCGUUUGGUUACAUGUGGACGGAGCUUAUGCAGGAAAUGCGUUUAUUUGUCCAGAACUAAAGUAUCUCUUAAGAGGAAUAGAUUACGCAGAUUCUUUCAAUACGAAUCCAAAUAAAUGGUUGUUAGUUAAUUUCGAUUGUUCGACUUUGUGGGUUCGAGAUCGAAUCAGGUUGACUUCAGCACUAGUUGUCGAUCCUUUGUAUUUGCAACAUGGGUAUUCGGACGCUGCCAUAGAUUACAGACAUUGGGGUGUCCCACUGAGUAGAAGAUUCAGAUCUCUAAAAUUAUGGUUUGUGAUGAGAAGUUAUGGAAUUAGUGGUCUACAAAACUAUAUAAGACAUCAUUGUCAACUUGCCAAGAGAUUUGAACUUCUGGUCUUGGGUGACAACAGAUUCGAAGUUUGUAAUGAAGUUAAGUUGGGUCUAGUAUGUUUUCGACUUAAAGGAUCAGACAAACUAAACGAAAAACUUCUAAGUAUCAUAAAUGCAUCAGGAAAGAUCCAUAUGGUUCCUGCUCAUGUCAACUAUAAAUACGUGAUCAGAUUUUGUCCAGUUGCUCAAAAUGGAACAGAAGACGAUAUAGACCAUGCCUGGAGCGUCAUUGUAGAAGUUGCAACUGAGCUAUUGGAAACACAAGCUUUGGAAAAAGCACAGGAGGAAAGAGACGAAUUUUCCGAUGUCCUGGAAAAGAAAAAGAAGGAAACUCUGGCGUACAAACGUUCAUUUUUCGUUCGAAUGGUCAGUGAUCCUAAAAUUUACAAUCCUGCAAUAGCAAAAGCUCUUCCUGGUAUCAAGCCAAAAGAAAGAUUCAAUGGGAGAUCUCUUAAGGAACAUUCUUCGCCGAACCACGCAUCAUCGUCUAAGGAAUCUGUUACCAUUAAUCCACCGAGCAAUUCACAAGGAUUAUCUUGGAUAAGUUGGCCUUUGGAAUUCUUAUUACAAGGAGAUGACGGUUUAAGGAACGAUUUGUCAUUAAGAUUUCGUCAUCUAGAUACAAAGUUGAGACUGUCUCCAUCCAGAAGAGGCAGUGGUGCAUCAUCACCAUCUCCAGAAAACAAUGAAAACCAAAGCAUCAACUAUCAAAAUAAUUCAAGAUCUCCAAAAAGAUCUCCAGUUAAAGAAAGUUUACUCCAACUCACAAAAAUGAACCAUGUAUAA